GAGGACACCCCCGUCGUCACGGCGCGUUGCUGCUCCCACUUCCUGGUUCUAAAGUUGUAUUCGAGGCGGCUCGGGGGAAGCUGGCCGCCGCCUCGACGCGGUGGUCGUCGCACAUUGAGCGGACGGCUCUACCGGGUCUACCGGCUCUACCGGGUCUACCGGGUCUAACGGGUCGUUGUGUGCCCAGCAGCGUGUCUCUCCGCGGGGCCCAUGGCGGCGGAACCAGAGGCUCGCUAACGCCGCACCGUCUCCGGAGAGGACAAGAUGUCCACGGCUAAUGUGAGCGAGGACGUCCGGGGGGAGUUCCCCCUCCACGCCGCCGUGUGGGAGAACGACUACCGGGCGCUGGAGCAGCAGGUCGCGGGACCGCAGAAUGAAAUCGAGGCCGUGGACCCCAGAGGUCGGACCCCUCUGCACCUGGCCGUGUCGCUCGGGCACCUGGAGUCCGUGAGAGUCCUCCUGAGGCACGGCGCCGAAGUGACCAGAGAGAACUCCAUGAACUGGACAGUGCUGCAGGAGGCCGUCAGCACCGGAGAUCCGGAGAUGGUCCAGUUGGUGCUUCAGCGCAGAGACUACCUCAAAGCCUCCACUGCUCUGGGAGGAGUGCCUGCGCUGCUGUCGAAGAUCCGAGAGUCUCCAGACUUCUACAUGGAAAUGAAGUGGGAAUUCACCAGUUGGAUCCCUCUUCUGUCCCGGGUUUGUCCAAGUGAUGUUUGUCGCAUCUGGAAGAGUGGGGCCAGCCUGCGAGUGGACGCCACUCUGCUGGGCUUUGAGAACAUGACUUGGAUCAGGGGGCGCAGGAGCUACGUGUUCCGGGGGGAUGAUUCGUUCGCUGAGCUGAUGGAGGUGAACCACGAUGAUGAAAUCGUGGAAACCGAACGCUUCAACAUAUCCCAAGAAAUCGAGGAUGUCACGCUGGAGUCGAUGCAGCCGGCUGAGCAGGAAGUGGCCAAACGGCUGACCUCCUCGGUGGUCAACACCUACCUGGACACCAAGGACAUCGCCUUCGAGAGGAUCAAGUCUGGCCUCUGGGGAUGGAGAGCUGACAAAACUGAGAUGGUCAAUGGGUUUGAAUCCAAGGUGUUCAGUGUGAAUAAUGUAAACGUGGUGAUCAGGACGAGGACCGAGCAUCUCACAGACGAGGAGAAGGCUCGGAUCAAAAGUGAACGGAACAUCUUGGAGUCUCUGCUGGGGACCGUGGAGCAGCACAUCAGCGCUCAAGGGGACCUGACUCUGGAGUAUGCAACUGCCACCAACCCCACCGCCAUCACGCCGGAGGAAUACUUCGAUCCCGACUUUGAGCUGGGCAACAGAGACAUCGGCCGACCCAUCGAGCUGAGCAUUCGAACACAGAAGUUCAAAGGGACGCUGUGGAUGAGCGAGGACCACCCUCUGUCUCUGGUGGAGCAGGUGACCCCCAUCAUCGACCUCAUGGCUCGGACCAGUUCCCAUUUUGCACGUCUACGAGACUUUGUGACGCUGAAGUUUCCUCCUGGAUUCCCUGUUAAAAUAGAGAUCCCCCUGUUCCAUGUGCUGAAUGCCAGAAUCACAUUUGAUAAUGUCAAUAAAUGCAGAACUGAGGAGGACGCAAACCCCACGCCAGAAGCCACGCCCACAUCGCCCGGAGAGGAGGAAGAGGAGGAAGAGGAGGAAGAGGAGGAGGCUGCAGCACUGCCUCCGUUUCAGGUUUGUCCGUCAGUGUUUGAGGUGCCUGCCAGUUAUCACCGCCGAGGAGGCGGCCGCCACACGCCGGCGUCCAGCAACGACGAGGAGCUGCUGCAGUACGCCAUCCACCAGAGCCUCCUGGAGCCCCGACCCGCGCAGGACCGGGAGGGCAACUGGGACGAGGCUGAUGGGGAAUUCACGGACGUGAUGCCCAGGAGCCCGAGUGACCGGAGUCUCCCAGAGGGGGCGCUAGUGGAGUUUGGAGACAGCCCCAGCACCGUCAGCUCCGCCUCCAGCCCCGACUCGGAGCUCCGCCUGGCCAUGGAGCUCUCUGCAGAAGCUCAAGAGGAAGAGGACAAGCGGAGGAAGCGGGAGGAAGAGGACCUGGAGAGGAUCUUGCAGCUAUCGCUCACCGAGAAGUAAAAUGAACAAGACGGAAUAAUAUUGCGACCUUUCUAGCAGAAACCACGACGCCUCAAUGCCUAACGACUGUAGUCAUCUAUGCAGCUUUCCUUCUGGAGCAGAUCGUUCCUGCAAAGGCAAUAUCAGAUUCUCGCUAUCCAAUAUUUUCCAAAAGGUAUUUUUGGUAAGAGCAUACUCCUUUAUACAUUUAUAUCUCAGCGUCGUGUGUCUCCAUCCUCGAGAUCAACACAUGGACUCCUUCACAUCGGUUCUGGUCAGUUUUAUUAACUUCCUAUCCAGACUGGAAUCACAGCCGCAUCCCACGGGGUGACCCCAGUCGGUGUGGUUCUGGUUCUAUGAACAACAUGACAACUCAAGGAGACGUUCUGUUCUCACACUCUAAUGUAGCACUACGGUCCAGAGCCCUGUGUUGUUGCUUCACCCCCGGUGUUGAGACGACUUGACAAACAUCCUGGCCCAAUAAGAAGAGAAGAGGACUGUGGCCCUAGAGAUGCAGAGUCAUGGUUUUGAGGACUGAAUAACAGUAAAUAACUGAAUAAUCUCAGGGUUUCAAUUUUACACAUUUCCCCUUUACUUUGGAAUUAAUUUCUCAAUGCAUCAGAAAUGUUUGUUUGGUGCAGAAUGUCAUCCCUCAUGUCUGACGCAGACGGCUGAGUUCAUGCAGCCGAGGCUUCAGCCGUACAUGUUGGUGAGCGUCCUCGUGGCUCAGGGGGAGGAGCACCGGGUGAGUUAACGGGAACUAACCUUCUGUUAACCGUCACUGAGUCUAAACCGACUGUUCACGCAACGCUGCAGAGAGGAUUCCCCUCUGGAGGCGAGGAGCUUUCUGUCGCCACAAACAGCCGGAGACCUCUGAGCAGAAGAAGAGACGGCGAGACCCUCCAUGGCUGCCAUCUUCAGGAUGUUCGUCCAGCGUGGCCACGGGAGCUUCGGCCUGCAGCGGGGCCGACGCCUCCAACCAGCCGGGCGGCGGCCGUGAACCACGAGGCCGAGUCUGAAGCCUCGCUCGUACAACACGUCUCCAAACGGCUGACGAAGGCGAGCGGCGCUUCACUUCGGUCUUCUUCUCGUUCCUCCUGCUCGGGUGUUUUUUAAUGUUUUAAAUUUUGAGAAAAUGUUCUAAAAUAAAGCACUUUAUUUCCAUGAGGACUAAAUGUGA